CAAGUGCCCGGGUGGGGCGGGACCACAGGCCCCACUGAGGAGGGGGGGGCGCGCUGCCGGCUGUAAAUCAUUACGACAGAGUGGUCCAGUCCAGGGUGGUGACCUUGUUGCAUGCUGGGGGCUGUAGUCUUUACGGGCAGGCGGCCCCGGGGCACGCUGGGGACGGUGGCCCCGUUGCAUGCUGGGGGCUGUAGUCUUUACGGGCAGGCGGUCCGGGGCACGCUGGGGACGGUGGCCCCGUUGCAUGCUGGGGGCUGUAGUCUUUACGGGCAGGCGGCCCCGGCGCAUGCUGGACCCUGUAGUCCCACUUGCAGGGAGCGGUCCCGGGCCGCGGGUCCCGGCGGGAGGAGCUCGGCCCAGCCCAGGCUGGGGACGCUGCGGCUGGAGGCUGUGCCCGGGACCCCCUGGAGCGGGGUCUGUAAGGCAGCGUCGUUGGCAGCCCUCGGAGCGCGACGGUCCCAAGGCCGGGGAUUGAGCAAUUUAUGACGAUUCCUACCCUGCCCUCCCCAUCCGGCAAUUCUUGACCCCUCCCCAACCACGGCGGAAUCCAUCAAGCCAACCCUCUGCAGAGUCGUCAUCUACUUGCAGAAGAUGUCUGGGGACACGUGCCUCACCAAUAUCUGCCGGUCUUCAGGAGCCAAGCCCAAAACCUGCAGCUUCAAAGAGGGUAGCCUGGGCAACAAAUACGUGCGGCUCAACGUUGGGGGCUCCUUGUACUACACCACGGUGCAGGUGCUGACCCGGCAUGACACCAUGCUGAAGGCCAUGUUCAGUGGCAGGAUGGAAGUGCUGACUGACAAAGAAGGGUGGAUCCUUAUAGACCGUUGUGGGAAACACUUCGGUGUGAUUUUAAAUUACCUCCGAGACGACACUAUUGCACUUCCAAAAAACAGGCAGGAGAUCAAAGAGCUGAUGGCAGAAGCGAAAUAUUACCUAAUUCAGGGCUUAGUAGACAUGUGCCAGGCAGCUCUCCAGGACAAGAAAGACUCGUACGAGCCUGUCUGUAACAUCCCCAUCAUCACGUCACCAAAGGAAGAAGAGAGGCUCAUCGAAUCCUCCAUGAAACCUGUUGUCAAGCUGCUUUAUAACAGGAGCAACAACAAAUAUUCCUACACCAGUAACUCGGACGAUAACUUACUGAAGAACAUAGAACUGUUCGAUAAACUCUCUCUCCGCUUCAACGGUCGAGUCCUCUUCAUUAAGGAUGUUAUAGGGGAUGAAAUCUGCUGCUGGUCUUUCUACGGACAGGGGCGGAAGCUCGCUGAGGUCUGUUGCACCUCGAUAGUGUAUGCCACAGAAAAGAAACAAACCAAGGUUGAAUUCCCCGAAGCGCGCAUCUACGAGGAGACCCUAAACGUUUUACUGUAUGAAACUCCACGCGUACCUGACAACUCUCUGCUGGAGGCGACGAGCCGGAACCGAAGCCAGGCAUCUCACAGCGAGGAUGAUGAAGGCUUUGAACUGCGCGACCGAGUGCGCCGCAUCCACGUGAAGAGAUACAGCACUUAUGACGACCGGCAGCUUGGCCACUAGCCUGCUGGCAGAGGAGAAAUGGUUUGCUUUGUUCAUAGAGCUUAAGGAAUAUGCGGAAUUAGUCCGGGAAGCAGGGGAUUGAUUCUCAAAUAGUUUCACUGCUUCCUAGAGAAGCAACCCAACAUCUGUGCGUGCAAACCAAAAGCAACACUUAAGGCCAGAAGCUUUUAGAGUCAUUGUGAUAUGUUACUUGUGCACCAUGCGGUGUAAAUAGAGAGAGCAGUUCUUCAUGUGUUGCGUAUGGUAGGGGAUCCCAAGAACCUGCCUGUGGAGCUCAUUUGUUCUGAUAUAGGUUGCAGCCACCAGGCAUUGUAUGUCUCGUGAGAAGCGAUGUAUUUUUCCAUUUGAGGAUGGUUCUGUUUGGAAACCCAUUGUCAGAGGCGCCAUAAGAGCUGUGUGCCGUGGAAUUGCUUAGUUUUGAAAUUCUGUCGAAAAUGGGAUUCGAGCACUAGCAAGUUUAGCAAACGCUACGUCUUGCUGGCCAAGCUACUCUUUCCUUAUAGAGCAAGUAGUUAGAUUUCCAUGGCAUGAGAGGAGGUGAAUUUCCCCUUUUUGCAAAGGUUACCCUUGGUGCUGAAACUGCUUAGCCUGUCUCACUUCAAGCCAAGCUUUCCGGAAUCAAGCUAACAAAUAGUCCAAAUGGGGGAAGUUUAGAGAGUAAAUAUUAGAUGACAUGGUUAUUAAGAGAAAAAAAAAAAUCCUAAAGGUGAGGAAGCUUAUAAGAAAACAGAGCCCUGGCGAAAUCAUGGGCAUGGUGGGACCUCUACCCUCUAGGGCUUUGGGUGCGGAGGGAACCCUGUAUUAAUAGAUCCUGGGGAAUUGAGAGAAUCUCUCUAGAAUUAGUCACUAGAUCAAGAGGGCCCCUAAGCACUGCUUGGUGUCAUUUCCUCAAGCUCGGGGAAAAAAACAGGGUUAUUGAGGGAAAACAACUAAAGUGUAGACCAAUGAAAGCUCACUCACUCCUGCACAGUUGGGGUUGUCCAUGUGUUUCUGUUCUAAGUCCCCUCUGAGGCCAAGAGGUGGGAGUGGAGGGAAAAUGGCCAUUACACCAGAGCUCUGUCUCUGCACAGCCCCAGGAGAGAGACUUUUUAUAUUGAAUUUUAAACCGUUUCUUCAGCUGACAUUUUUUAUAAUUGUUUUUAGAAGAUCUCUUGUGACUCAAAUGAGUUUUUUUUUUAAACAUGUAUUUAAAAAAAAGAGAGAUGUCAAGUGUGUGCUCCUCACCUCUUAGUACUACAGUGUCAACUCUCCUUGGACUUAGGGGUUUUUGGACUUGAGCUUUGAUCUUAAACAUGACUAUCCAGUGAGAGAACAUGAUGGUCCCAACUUAUUUGGUAGCCCCGGUGAAAAUUUAAGGGAUUGAUUUUUCUGAAGUUCUGAGCACCCACAACUCUAGCUGAAACUAGUGGGAGCUGCAGGUGGUCAGUACCUCUGAAAAUCAGGCCCAGCGUUUUCCUGUCUCUCUUCCCCCUUGAUGACAACUGGUGAUCCUAGCUAGCACUUCAAACAUCUGGGUUUGCUGACUGACUAAGGCAGCCAGCUUUAGGCUUCAAAUAAGAACUGGCCUCCAAUCUCAAUGUUUGGUGGUUGUUUGCGGGGGAAGGGGCAGCCCUACUGCACACGGGAGAGGACUAUAUAAUGUGCAAUUAGCUGUGUGCCCUGGUUCAUUAUUGCAUCUAGGAUUGUUUUAAUGCAGGGCAGCAAUUUGUCUAGCAGCCAGGAAUUAAUUGCCAUCUGUCUAGACUGGCUUGUUGCUUGCCCGGCAGUGCUGGAUGGUAGGAUUUUUCCGAGCUUGAUUUUUCCAAUGUUUUCAUGAGAAAUAAUUUCUUUUUUCUAUUCAUAGGAGAAUCUGGGCUUAGUGUGUUGGGAUGGGGGUGAGAAUCACUGCUCGGGAAUAUCCGGAUGGACUGGUGCUGAGUGCGAAGCAUGGACAAGGGCAUGCCAGGGUUUGUACCAAUUCUUCUGACUGAGACUGACCUCUGCUUCUAAUAGGUGCAAACUACAGCCUGCCCCGGCUUAUGCUUGCGCAUCAGCAGCAGUGCAGCUACACUGGUUGCUAGUCACCGAAGGCUGAGUUGGGGCUUGUCCCACGUGUAGACAAGGUCUCGAUUGAGAAUUGAUGUUUUGGGGCCAAAUCCGAGCAAAUUCCAGUUCAAGCAAGUAAGCUCCAGUUUCUCAAGAUUUGACCCUUUGUAAUGAUCAAGCUGGCUGACUUACUGUCUCAAAGGAAAAAUAAGGAUUUUUUCAAGGCCUUUUAAAAUAUGUGAAUAAGCUGCCACCAGUGUGGGGGUUUUAUUGCCUUCAGAGUAGUCUGUGGAGAGAGUCAUGAGGUUCAGAUGCUAGACUGGCCUAGCCUCCCAGCGUAAUAAACCAUUUAAAAACCCGAACUACUCAGCACGUUUAGUGCUCUCCCUCUCUCAAGACAAACAUCCCAAUCUACCGCAGUCUGGUUAGACAAAAGAUUUUGAAUACUUCAACUCCAUGGAGCUUCAGCUUUGAAAAUUCAUUAAAUGGCCCAUGGAAUGCGUUGUUUAAAAAAUAACGCUUUCAGGUUACAGUGUUAAGUAUAUUUUAUUUCCCUAAUGUAUUUAAGAUAUAAACUAAAUAAGAUAGCGAAUUGUUUUAUUUAUUAAUUGGCAGAUAAAAUGCAUAAACUUUGGUAAUGGAGAAAAUAUAGUCACAUUUGAAAAAUUGGCCUAAUUAUUUUGGGUGCCCAACUUGAGACAUCUUAAAUGAGCUUGAUUUUUUGAGGCUGGUUGGCUGGUGCAUUUUGCAGAUCAGUUCUCUUUAAGGAGGCUCAAGCUGGGCAUGCAAAGUCAGUAAUCGUGUUUGAAAAUCUUGGUGAUGAUCUUUUAUCUGUAGUUCACCAGCUCAAAUCCAGAUCACCUGUAAUUUGAGCCGAGCAAAUGAUUUUUUUUUUCCUUUGGUUGGUGACUGAAACAAAAUCUGGAAAGAAAGAAAAAAAAAUUAUUUCAAACCAAGAAGGAAUUUUUUUGUGUGUUAUCAACAAAAUGAAAAACUAUUGUUUGAGUCAAAACAUUUUGAAUGUUAUUUCAAAGCAACACUUCAAAACAUUUUGAUAUUUCCAAAUGUUUUGUUAAGGUUUUUUUGGCCAAAACUAUUCAUGACCCAAAUUCACUGAUAGUUUCAGAGCCCUCCCCAGUGCAUUUUUGACAACAUUUCUAUUCACCCAAAAAUCUUGCCCCAAUCUAGUUGUGACCAAAAGCUGGUACCCUCUGAUGGCUGUUUAGUGGCAUGUAUUUGAUAUUAAUUGAGGGGUCUCAGUCUAGUUCUCAGUAGCCAGGACUCCACAUCAUAACACCUCCACCACAAUUAGCAACAAGUGACUCGUUGGCAGAAUGGCCAAGGAUGGAGAGGACCAUGGAGACUGAACUCCCCUUCCAUACCAGGUGUAAGGUAAAUGGGGAGAGCACUGUGGUAAGCAUGCUGUGCCACUGCCCAUUCUGUACCUGUUCUUUAGAUAAAGGGAAGACUUCAGUCUCCAAGACCAUCAGGCUGGCGCUCUCUUCACUGCACUACGCUCAUGUGCAAGUUUAAAAGCAAAAUCCCAUGGGAUUAUUUUCCGCAACGUCUUUCAAUUCACAGCGUGAACCUCUGACAUACACGGGCCCGGCUGGGUAUUUUGGAGGGAACAGAUAUUUGGAAAGAAUAGGGGGUCAGCCUCCAUUAGGUGUUUGUCUUUUAAAAGCAAGAUUGUAUGUGCCUCUUUAGAGAGCGUUAGUUGCUACAGAUUCUCUCUCUUUAUUGUUUGGCCACGCUUCCUGCAUGUGGAACAUGAUCUCUUCAUUCUUCUCACAUCUAGCAGUGAGUGUUGCCCCAGUCAUGCCACUGCACCUGCCUUUUCCUGAAAGGCCUCUUUAAAACACUAUAAAAAUCAAUAACCUGCUUUUUAUUGCUUUCUGUGAUGUUUUGUUUUCCAGAUGCUUUUGACAUCACACCAGCAGAAAUACAGCUGCUGAGAUUUGUUUUGACUAAGGCUUUUGAGAUCUCUGAAUUUAGGUUUUAUUUUAAAAAAACGUCAAUUUCCCCGUACUGUAACUUCUGAAAUACAAGUUCUGUGAAUCCAGGGACCCUUGGGGAAACUAGUGGGAGCAAUCAGUGCUGUUCAGGGCAUGGUUCAGUGACAGGUUAAAAUGCCUGUGGCUGCAUUUUACUAGCUGUCCCAUUGUUGCAAGCAGUGGAGCACCGGCCCCAGGAAUAGACCAAUGGUGGGAGAAUGUCGGAAGAUCCUCAGCAUUCGUAGAGAAAGGUAUGAACCCUGUGCUAAUAAACAGACCUUCACAGUGUUAAAUGAUUGUAAUAUUAGACUUGCUAAGACCGUACUGUAUCUAUACAGAGCUUAGAACAUUUCUUGGCCAGUGUGAUUACCUUGUUGGACAGUUUUACAUAGUCUCACUAAAUCCAAAUGCAGCAAUGGGCAGUGUCAUUGUUUCCUAUUAAAUCAUUGGAAACUUUUUUUUAACCAAAAGAGUUGAAUGAUCUAAAUGAUCUUUUUUAAAAAAAAAUGAUUUCUGCAUAUUUCAAUACAGAAUGUUAAUUGAAUGUUCUCUUUUAUUGCACAUAAACUAUGACAUGUUGAUUGUACAGUAUGACUACCUAGAUUCUGGUUAUGUUUAAUAGUAGUAGUUUUGAUGUAACUUGUGCUCUGUAUUAUCAUUUUAACCCUCCUUUAUUUACUUAAAGGAUGUAAAUUGCUUAGAUGUUGAAUCCUAGGUUACAUUUUUGACAUUUAUAUAAUUAAGAACAAGUACCAUUGUGAAGGAUAAUGCAGCUUUGAAAUAGUCAUAGUACUAAGCACAAUCUUUGCUUAUUUAUAGUAAAAUACCCUUUGCAGGGUUGACAAAGCAGCCAUUCUUGCUGAGAAUAUUUUCUCUGCUGUUUUUAAAUAGCACAUAUUAUGAUCCCCCUCCCCAUUACGACAGCGUAGAUUUUUUUAAUUUGAGGCAUUCACAGCUGCGCGUUAAGAGAUCUGUAAUAACUUCCUACAAAAACCAUAAUCACCUACGUUUGCGUUCUAUUGAUGUGCCUGUGACUCUAAAAUAGCCUUUUGGAGGAAAAGAAAAGAAAAACCUUUGUCUCAUUUGCAGCGUGUGAAUUUUAACGACACCAGCAAGCAAGCAUUAGCUGGUGCAGUCUUUUUGAAGUCUUGCUAUCGUCUGCACACUUGUGUUUAAGUAAACUUUAUGCAUUCAGAUUAUGAAAUUAGACUAAGAGGAUGAGUGGGAAAUAUUAAAUGACAUCUGUACGUGACCCCUUUGACAGGGGACUGUUUGUGGCAUCUGUGCUGGGAAAGCUGCAUUGAGUUGCAAAUGCCCUCCUCCUCUCUAUAAGGAAGGCGGUUUGGAGCUUUCCAAACGAAUGUCUUAUAUUAAGCAGCACUUUAAUAUCCAUUUUAAUUAGGCGAUAACAUCAGUUGGGAUAGCGUUGCAGGAUAGCCGUCUCCCACUGCUUGAUAAAUGCCGAGACAAAACUAAAUGUUUAACCUUUGCCUUGACAUUUAAGCUUCAGAACGAGAGACAUUUAUCCCAUGGUAACGUUCCAUUUCGCUGACUUUUUCUCUUGUACUAAAUGAUGAAAAAUAAAUAAAUAAUCUGGACCGGUGGGGCCUGGGAGUGACUGACGCUAUGCUAUUUCUGGGAGCUGUAUUCUGGCUGGCCUAGAAAAUGCUUGUUCUGGUCUUUAAACACCCAGAAACCAGAGUAAGUUUGUUUUUUCUGAACGCUUCUGACCAAACAAUCUAAAACUGAAUCAUGUUUUCUGACAAUCCUUUGCAUUUAAAAAAAAAAUCUCCUGUACAACCAAAUGUAAUGCCAAACCCCUUCUAUUGGGAAAAUGGAGGUUUUACUGAGAGACUUGGAGACCAGGACCCUAAUCCCAGCAUCUGCCACUGACUCGCUGUGUGACCUCAGACAAGUCACUUAACCUUGGUGAGCCUCAUUUUCCUCAUCAGUGAAAACUGGGGUGAGACACUCCCUACCUCAGAGGCUUAAUUCAUUAAUGUUUAUAAAGCACCUUGGACUACUGUAAUUGUUUUUACCAGAGACAUCAAAUUAUUAUGGUGACUGUUCAUAAUUUAGCUGACAUUCUGUGAACAAGCUGUUUUCUGACCACAGGAGUUUUCAUUUUGUUCUGGAUUCUAAAUCUCUUAAGGGUCAGUCUUGCAAGGGAAAUAAGUUGAUGGAGUAAACUUAUUAACCAAUAAUACAGUAUUUUCCUCUGACUUUCUGCAGUGCAUUGAAUGGAAAUGGGUCACUAAUUUUUAAUAAACUUAUAUUUUAA